AUGCCUACCGGCGCGUUCAUCCGCAAGGCCAUCAACAACAUCUUGUACACAUUCGUGUACGAGACGGAGCGGCACAACGGCAUCGCCGAGCUUCUCGAGAUCCUGGGCUCGAUCAUCAACGGCUUCGCGCUGCCGCUCAAGGAGGAACACAUGCUCUUCCUGCACCGCGCGCUGCUCCCGCUCCACAAGGUGCGCUUCAUCGGCAUGUACCACCAGCAGCUCUCGUAUUGCGUCUCGCAGUUUGACCCGAAGCUCGCCAAGCCGGUCCUCGAGGCGAUCCUCAAGUUCUGGCCGUGCACGCACUCGCCGAAGGAGGCGAAGCGCCAGAGGGCUAGCACAGCCGCCCCUGUGCUGCUGCUGAACGAGCUCGAGGAGGUGUUGGAGAUGGUCGACGCGCGAGAGUUUGCCGCGGUGAUGGCGCCGCUCUUCGCGCAGGUG